UCCCCAAACUGAAGGUGACGGGCUUGACGGCCGACACCGCCCCGCCGCCAUGGCUAGAUACGCGCACCCCGACGCAGCCGGAAUCUGCCUCUGGGCAUCCUUCUCCCCUUCCCUUCUCACCCGCCGCCUUCUCGAGGUCAUUGCCUGCGGCGGGCCCCGCCCCCGGAAGAAUGACAAGGAGCCAGCCUCCCUCCUCCCGGUUCCCGGGAGACGCGGGCGGCUCAUCGAACUGCUUCAGGCGGAUCCCUCCGAGUCCAGCUCCGAUGAGGAGGCGGACGCCGAGACGCAGCUAAAGGUCGAAGCUUUUCAGGAGCUCCAGCGCGUGGUGGACCGGCUGCAGCUCCACGGGAGCAAUGCCUGCGGAGACAGGAAGGGCGAGGCGGCGGCGGAGGUGCGGAGGCUCGCGAAGGAUGACCCUGAGGCAAGGGAGACGCUGGCGAUGUUGGGGGCCAUUCCGCCUCUGGUCGCGUUGCUAGACUCCCAGGACUCCGAUGACCAAACCGACGCGCUCUACGCGCUGCUGAAUCUAGGCAUCGGAAACGAGUUGAACAAGGCGGCGAUCGUGAAGGCAGGCGCGAUUCACAAGAUGCUAAGCUUGAUCGAUUCCGGCCCCUCCCAAGCGGUCUCGGAAGCAAUCGUCGCCAAUUUUCUCGGCCUCAGCGCGCUGGACUCGAACAAACCUGUCAUCGGUGCCUUAGGCGCGAUCCCGUUCUUGUUAUCCGCCUUCCGGAGCUGCGCCAGCAGCCCGACGGCGAAGCAGGAUGCGCUCCGUGCCCUGUUCAACCUCUCUAUUGCCUCCGCCAACCUACCCCUCCUCAUCGACUCCGGCCUCGUAUCCGCCCUCCUCGCUUCCAUCGGCGACAUGGAAGUCAGCGAGCGCGCCCUCGCAGUGCUCUCCCACCUCGUGUCCUCCAGCAAGGGGAGGCGAGCCGUGGCCCGCUGCACUACCGAUUCAUUCGCCGUCCUCGUCGACGUCCUCUGGUGGAGCGAUGCUGCGGCGUGCCAGGAAAAGGCCGUGUACGUGCUCAUGGUGAUGGCGCACAAAGGGCACGGAAGCAGGGCUGCCAUGAUCGGUGCCGGGGCCAUAUCCUCCCUCCUGGAGCUGACGCUGUUAGGGACCCCGCUCGCGCAGAAACGAGCGUCGCGGCUACUGGAGAUACUGACGGGGGACAAGGGGAAAGGGAUGUCGGAAGAAGGCAGCAGCUCCUGCAUCUCGUCGGUCUCGGCCCCGCAGUGGGGGGCUGCGUCGGCGGAGGCGAACACGGACGAGGGAAUGAGCGAGGAGAAGAAGGCGGUCAAGGAUCUGGUGCAGCAGAGUCUGCAGAGCAACAUGCAAAGGAUCGUGCGGAGGGUCAAUCUUGCCCAAGAUUUCGCGCCGUCUGAGCGUUUCCGCGCGCUCACCGCCGCCUGCACUUCCAAAAGCUUGCCUUUUUAGAGAGAAGAACAACUUCCGUUUGUUCGCCAUCAUCGAGUUUAUUGUCUUCCUGAUUCAAGAACAUAAAUAAAUAAAAAAAAAAUCUUCUUCUUGUUCUGGUUCUUCCUCCUCGCCAAAGAUUGUAGUAUAGGAAGAAGAACCGAUUCAAAGUUCAGAUUUUUAUCAUUGCAAAUAAUCGCACG